AUUGGCAAUAGAGCAUCCGGCAAAUUGUAAUUCCAUCGCAUCAUAUGAGUUGGAGAAUUCGGUCGCAUUGGAAGUGUGACUGGCAUAAAGUGAUAGCAAAAAGAGUGGCAAUUAACACAAAGUGACAAUGAGUUUGUGCUGCAGAUUGCUGAAGAGGUUUCUCUACUUUCUGGCCUUCUUCUUCCUCGUGGUGCUCCUGCCGGGAUUCCCGCCACACACCACCUUUCCCUUCGCACCAUUCGAAGUUGGCCAACCUGUCGAGCUGAAGGGCGUUCUGGAGCUCAAUGGGCAUCUGAACAAGGCCGAGAGACUUCUAGAGGGCCGCGUGCACGGGCCGGAACACCUGCUGGCCAUUGGGAACACCAUCUUCACGGGCAUUCAGGGCGGAGAGGUCAUCCAGAUCAAUGGGGACCACAUUACACACGUGGCAAAGUUUGGGGCGCCCUGCGAGGGCUCCUUCGAGGAGUCCAAGUGCGGCCGCCCACUGGGCAUGGUGCUGGACAACAGGAAGAACCACCUGAUCGUGGCGGACGCCUUCUAUGGCAUCUGGCAGGUGAAUGUGGAGAAUGGGAAGAAGCAACUGCUUGUCUCGAUGAAUCAGGAAGUCAAGGGAGCGACUCCUCGACGUCCCAAGAUUGCCAACUCCGUGGCGGUGCACAGCUCCGGAGACAUCUACUGGACAGACUCCAGCUCAGACUUCGGCAUCGACGAUGGGAUGUUCACGAUGCUGGCAAAUCCCUCAGGAAGACUCAUUCACUACGACAGAGCGAAGAAUGUCAGCACAGCGCUGAUCGAUGAGAUGUUCUUCGCCAAUGGACUGCUGAUCAGUCCCGGCGAGGACUUCAUUGUGGUGGCAGAGACAGCAGCCAAUCGCUUGAGGAAGUAUCAUCUCAAGGGGGCGAAGAAGGGAACGUCUGAGAUGUUCCUGGAGAAUUUGCCGGGCUUGCCUGACAAUUUGUCUCCCGCUGAUGAUGAUGGUUUCUGGGUGGCUCUGGUUGUUCCUUAUGACAAGGACACUCCGUCGCUCACCAACAGCAUGGCCAAAGUGCCUCUGAUCAGGAAGUUUCUGCUGCGCAUGCUGUAUCUGAUCGAGACGCCCUUCCGUCUCAUCUCCAGCUCCCUGCCCAACAUCUACACGCAGAAGAUCUACCACGCCAUUGGGCACUUCGAGACAACUUCCGCAGUGUUCGGGCCGCGCGUCACGAUGCUCAAGGUUGACUGGUCCGGCAGGAUUGUGGAGGCUCUGCACUGCACUGAUGAGUCCAUGAAGGGAAUGAGUCACUUGCUGCAAGUGGGCGAUUACUACUAUCUCGGGUCGCCGUUCAGCAAGUACAUGGGACGAGUGAAGGUGCCGCAGCACUUGCAGAGCGUGAAGAAGGAGGCUCCCAAGCCGACCACCACAACUGAGCGACCCACAACGACGACCACAACGACUGAGAAGCCAACAACGACGACCACAACGACUGAGAAGCCAACAACAACGACCACAACAACUACAACCACCCCUAAACCGACCACAACCACCCCAAAGCCAACGACAACCACUCCGCCACCCACGAAAGCUCCGUCGCCGCCGCCGACGAAGCCAACGACGGAGGCUCCUAAGAAGGAGAGCAUCCCAAUUCACGAAGAGAUUCCCAAUGACACGAAGCCAACGCCAGCGCCGAAGCUGAAGGUGAUCAAGAAGGGUGGCGAGCAAGGAGAACUGUAAAAAGGGGCUUCCUUGACAAUCAAGCAACAUUUCGAGAGAACGAAAAAUAAUCUUCCUUCGCGACUGACUAACUUUCCGGCGGAGAUUUUGUUAAGAAGCAGCUAAAAAACGGUACUUUUGGGCAGCGGAUAGGGAAUUAAAGAAUGCAAUGUUUACAGGUAAAAACUUACGGUGCACACAAACAACACACACACUUUAACACGUUGUGAUUACACAUCUCAAUGAUACUCAAGAAGCGAGCAAAUAAUAAGCAUUUUUUCGGCUCUUAAAAUCUCAUUCCACACACACACGGUUUUUGGGCAAUCUUGACCUUUUCUUACCUUCAAGAUAUUUCCUUAGUUUUUUUUUUGUCUUAUUAAGAAUAUAAUUAAGAAAGUUGUUGCAUUAUUAUUUGUUACUUAUCUCUGUGUCUAUUUUCUUAAACAUUUACCUCAAUUCUAUGCAGAGAUUGUUAAUUGCAUCUCUUAUCAUUUUCUUAUAGACACAUUUACUUUUUAUUGCUGUACAAUAAAGCUACGAAAUGCUAUCGUAAGAAGUGAGAGAAGCACAGUGACUUGUGUAAUUUUUUUUUUUGAAUAAAUAAUGAUGAACAAUUUAAUAGAGAUAACGAAGAGAAAAAAUUAAAUUGCGAUUUAACUAUGCGAAUACGGCUUUUUUGUGUGUGAGAGGAAAAGUUGUGAAUUCCUUUUUACACAGGAGAGUUAUUAAAAUGUCUGUUAAGCUAUUCAGGAGUUUUUUGUAAUGACAUCACGCGAAUGUUUUCCGCCAGACACUCGCGCGCUUCAGCCAAUGCAUAUUAUCGUCUGCUGUUUGGAGGAUUCAUCGGAAUGUAAAUAUGAUAAUUUGAGAAAAUGAGGCACACAGAAAGU